GGGAUGUACUUACACAGACGGAAGGAUAAUGUAAUCUAAACAUAAGUUUCUAUAUCAAAACUGAUGGAAGAUGCUAAAUGGAAUAUACAUUCUGGAGAUAUAUUUUGAUAUGAAGCUCUUGGUUCUGGACAGUAUUUAAGUGGGAAUUGUGUUAUAACAGAUCAGGGAUGACAAAGAGAAUGGGAUACCGAGACUGGAGAUGGCUGGCUCUUUGGUGGCAUCAUUCCUUUCUCUUGUGGAGUACAAUAGACGGACAGACUCGCUACACCAUCCCGGAGGAACUGAAACAGGGCUCUGUGGUAGGAAAUCUAGCCAAAGAUCUGGGUUUGGGACUAUCUGAGAUUUUUGACCGUAAGCUGCGUGUCGCUUCUGAGGCUGACCGAGAGAGCUUCUCGGGGUAUAAUAUUGAGAUAACAGCCACAGAUUCGGGCUCCCCUCCCCUGACUACCAAGAAAACUAUACCUGUCAGUAUCAUUGAUGUCAACGACAACUCCCCUAAAUUCACUCAGUCCUCCUAUGAUGUCUAUUUAAAAGAGAAUGGACUACCAGGCUCCAUGCUCUCCUCAGUAUCUGCAUCUGACCUGGAUUUCGGGGAUAAUGCCAAGAUCUCCUACUGUAUCCUGGACUCCAAAGUGCAGGGCGUGUCUGUCUCCUCCUAUGUGUAUAUGAACUCUGAUAACGGCAGCAUCUACAGCAUGCACUCGUUUGACUAUGAAACACUGAAGGUGUUUCAGAUUCUGGUGCAGGCAAAGGACCACGGCUCUCCGUCUCUGAGCAGCAACGCCACUGUCCAUGUUUUUAUCCUGGACCAGAACGACAAUGCCCCCGCUGUUAUUUACCCCUCCGCUGCCCUGGGCUCGCUCUCUCACCAGAAGAUGCCCCGCUCUUCUAAAGCAGGCCACCUGGUUACUAAGGUAACGGCCGUGGACGCAGACUCGGGUCAUAACGCCUGGAUCUCGUAUAAACUGGCGGAGGCCACAGAUGCGUCUCUGUUCAAUGUCAAUCUUUACACAGGGGAAGUAAGGACUAAACGCGCUGUGUCCGAGCAGGACGACUCCUCUCAGAGGCUGCUUAUAGAGAUAAAGGACGACGGGGAACCGGUACAGUCUUCCACGGUCACAGUGGCCAUACUGGUAGAGGACGGGCUCCAAGAACCCAUCUUGGACCUCCGGCAGAAAGCGCCAGAGCCCGGCAAGAAAAGCGGGAGAAUCACCCUGUAUUUGAUCCUCUCUCUGGCCUCGGUGUCCAUGCUGUCUCUGGUGACUUUUGUCAUGUUAGCGGUCAAGUGCGUUCGAAACAGCAGGAGCAGCGGUAGUUGCUGCAUGAGACUGGACGAUUUGGACGACUACAAUAACCCCAAUAGAAACCUGCAGAUCCAGCUCAACACUGACGGGCCUAUUAAGUACGUAGAGGUCCUGGGAGGGGACAUGUUGUCUCAGAGUCAGUCCUUCAGGUCCUGUCUCUCUCCCAUGUCAGAGUUCAGUGAUUUCACCUUCGUUAAGCCCAGCAGCACCACUGACUUUAAGGAGAUGAUCAACGUUCUAGACGCGUCUUUACCCGACAGCGCCUGGACCUUUGAGAGCCAGCAGGUAGAAGUCGUAGACGUUAAUGACAACUCUCCUGAAAUCGUCCUCACCUCUAAACCAAGCCCUGUGCGCGAAGACGCACCCAGUGGCACAGUAGUGGCUUUGAUCAGUGUCCGGGACCUAGACUCCGGGAAUAACGGUAACGUAACGUUAGAGCUCCCGCGAGACUAUCCUUUCAAACUAAAACCGUCAUUUUCUAAUAAUUACGCACUGGUCACCAGUGGUGUUUUAGACCGAGAGAGCUUCUCAGAGUAUAAAAUUGAGAUAACAGCCACUGAUUCGGGCUCCCCUCCCCUGACUACCAAGAAAACUAUACCUGUCAGUAUCAUUGAUGUCAACGACAACUCCCCUAAAUUCACUCAGUCCUCCUAUGAUGUCUAUUUAAAAGAGAAUGGACUACCAGGCUCCAUGCUCUCCUCAGUAUCUGCAUCUGACCUGGAUUUCGGGGAUAAUGCCAAGAUCUCCUACUGUAUCCUGGACUCCAAAGUGCAGGGCGUGUCUGUCUCCUCCUAUGUGUAUAUGAACUCUGAUAACGGCAGCAUCUACAGCAUGCACUCGUUUGACUAUGAAACACUGAAGGUGUUUCAGAUUCUGGUGCAGGCAAAGGACCACGGCUCUCCGUCUCUGAGCAGCAACGCCACUGUCCAUGUUUUUAUCCUGGACCAGAACGACAAUGCCCCCGCUGUUAUUUACCCCUCCGCUGCCCUGGGCUCGCUCUCUCACCAGAAGAUGCCCCGCUCUUCUAAAGCAGGCCACCUGGUUACUAAGGUAACGGCCGUGGACGCAGACUCGGGUCAUAACGCCUGGAUCUCGUAUAAACUGGCGGAGGCCACAGAUGCGUCUCUGUUCAAUGUCAAUCUUUACACAGGGGAAGUAAGGACUAAACGCGCUGUGUCCGAGCAGGACGACUCCUCUCAGAGGCUGCUUAUAGAGAUAAAGGACGACGGGGAACCGGUACAGUCUUCCACGGUCACAGUGGCCAUACUGGUAGAGCACGGGCUCCAAGAACCCAUCUUGGACCUCCGGCAGAAAGCGCCAGAGCCCGGCAAGAAAAGCGGGAGAAUCACCCUGUAUUUGAUCCUCUCUCUGGCCUCGGUGUCCAUGCUGUCUCUGGUGACUUUUGUCAUGUUAGCGGUCAAGUGCGUUAGAAACAGCAGGAGCAGCGGUAGUUGCUGCAUGAGACUGGACGAUUUGGACGACUACAAUAACCCCAAUAGAAACCUGCAGAUCCAGCUCAACACUGACGGGCCUAUUAAGUACGUAGAGGUCCUGGGAGGGGACAUGUUGUCUCAGAGUCAGUCCUUCAGGUCCUGUCUCUCUCCCAUGUCAGAGUUCAGUGAUUUCACCUUCGUUAAGCCCAGCAGCACCACUGACUUUAAGGAGAUGAUCAACGUUCUAGACGCGUCUUUACCCGACAGCGCCUGGACCUUUGAGAGCCAGCAGAGAGGAACUUUUAACUUUUCCAUCCCCCGGACCCCUCUCAUAAUGGAAUCCAGACAGAGGAAGCACUGCGGAGGGUGGCCCGUGCUGAGGCUAUGGUUUUCCCUGGCUUGCCUCAUGGGCGCGACCGCCCAGCUUAGUUACUCGGUGUCAGAAGAGCUCAGUCCGGGGGCUGUGGUCGGGAAUAUCGUUAAAGAUUUGGGUCUCACCGUUCAAAUGAUAAUUCAGAGAAAAUUGCGGGUGGUCUCGGAAUCUAACGCGCAGUACUUCGAGGUGAACCAGGCGACUGGGGAUUUUAUUAUUAGACAGACAAUUGACAGGGAACACAUGUGCGAAUUAAGUGCAACAUGUUCACUGCAUGUUGAGAUUGUACUCGAGGACCCUUUAGCAAUACAUCGUGUUCUUGUGGAUAUUGUGGAUGUAAAUGACAAUGCGCCACAGUUUUCCACUAAUAAUAUUUCCUUGGAGAUAUCAGAGGCGGCCGCGCCGGGCACCCGGUUCCGACUGGAAAGUGCGCACGAUCCAGAUGUGGGUAUCAACUCUCUGCGUACGUAUCACCUCGCAUCCAACGACCGCUUUGUUUUGAAUGUGGAAACGAAAAGUGACGGGGAUAAGUUCCCGGAGUUAGUUUUAGUGAAGGCUUUGGAUAGGGAGACGCAGGCCUCGUUUCGCCUGUUGCUUACUGCCCUAGACGGGGGACAGCCAGAGAAGUCUGGCUCCACUCUUCUACUCAUUACAAUUCUGGACGUCAAUGACAACGCGCCCGUCUUUGACAUGUCGAUUAAAAAAGUUAGCGUGUUGGAGAAUGUUGAAAAGGGCACUUUAGUAACGAAACUGAACGCAACCGACGCGGAUUAUGCUCAGAACGGGGAGAUCUCCUUCCUGUUUAGUAAAUACACGCCGGACCGGGUGCUCAAGCUAUUCAGCGUGGAUUCGAAAACCGGUGAGGUCCGUGUGAAUGGUCACGUGGAUUACGAAACAGCGAAUGAGUAUUACGUCACUGUGCUGGCCAGGGAUGGGGGAACCCCCGCCAUGGAAGCAUCCUGUAACAUCAAAGUUGAAGUCACUGACGUGAAUGAUAACUCUCCGGAGGUGAUGUUGACGUCACUGACCAGUCCUAUCCAGGAGGACGCAGCACUGGGCACAGUUAUCGCCCUCAUCAGCGCAAGGGACCUGGACUCUGGUAAGAAUGGCAAGGUAACAUUAAAGGUCCAGUCUGGUCUGCCCUUCAAACUCAACUCCGCCUUUGGAGAGCACUACAACCUCAUCACCGACGGCAACCUGGACAGAGAGACCAUGGCUGAUUACACUGUGGUCAUCAUGGCGACCGACGCUGGAUCCCCUCCCCUGUCGUCAUGUACGACCUUCGUGGUCAAGCUGUCAGACGUGAAUGACAAUGCUCCGUCGUUCUCCCAGGCUUCUUACUCAGUGGACGUCCCCGAGAACAACGCCCCCAGCACCCCAAUCGCCAUGGUGGUGGCCUCUGACCCGGACAUAGGGGAAAAUGCCCGCGUCUCCUUUUCCAUCCUGCCCAGCAUGGUCCAGGGCUCACACAUCUCCUCCUAUGUCUACAUCAACCCAGAGACUGGCCACAUCUAUAGCAUGCACUCCCUGGACCAUGAAACCCUCAGCGCCUUCCGCAUUGAGGUACAGGCUCGAGACGCCGGGGCGCCACCUCGGACCACCAACAUCACCGUGCAUGUAUUCGUAGUAGAUCUUAACGACAAUGCGCCCCUCAUCGUGUACCCCCCCUUCCCCCAGGAUACGGGGCUGCAGCUCAGUGUACCGCUGUCGGCUGGGCCAGGGCAUCUCAUUAAUAAACUGGUUGGGGUGGAUCCCGAUAGCGGUCAUAACGCCUGGUUGUUUUACUCCAUCGCCCCCGGGCCUCACGCUGCUCUGUUCCUCAUCACCCCGCACACCGGCGAGCUCCGCACCACUCGCAAGCUAGCCGAGGAGGAGGGUGGCUCCGCCUAUGACAUCACUGUGGUCGUCCAGGACAACGGCGAACCUACUCUCUCCACCACUGUGGCCAUUACGGUAACAGUGGAGGAGAAGGGUGCCAGUGACGCCGCCAUGGACAACCGGAAGACGUCGGGGAUGCGGCAGACUGGGAUGUCUGACAUCACCCUGUACCUCAUCAUCUCACUGGCCUGCGUCUCGGCCAUGUCCUUCCUCACCUUCUUCAUCAUCAUGGUCCGAUGCCUCCGCCACCGCAGUGACCAUGGAGGGACAGGCUGCUGCUACAGCCAUUACCGGCCCAGCAGGGCCUACCAUCAGAGGCCCCACAAGGACCUCCACCUGCAGCUCAACACAGACGGACCCAUCCGUUACAUGGAGGUGGUGGGAGGGGCUCAAGACCCCCCAGGAACACGGACCUACAGACCCUGCUACUCCACCACCUCCAGCCGCAGUGACUUUAUGUUUGUUAAGACACCCAUGAUGAGCCAAAACAACACACUCAGUAUGACGCUCAACAGGAAGCACCUAAUGAACUCAGCCAAUGAGCAAAAGCCUCCUAACGCCGAUUGGCGCUUCACCCAAGGCCAGAGACCUGGACCCAGUGGGGCUGGAGGCCCCCCUGAAAUGACCAUGGGAACCGGACCCUGGCCCAACCCCCCCACCGAGGCUGAGCAGCUCCAAGCCCUGAUGGCCGCCGCCAACGUGAGCGAAGCGACCGCCACCCUGGGACCAGGCACCAUGGGUCUAAGCACCCGUUACAGUCCCCAGUUCACCCUGCAGCACGUGCCCGACUACCGUCAGAACGUCUACAUCCCUGGCAGCACGGCCACCCUGACCUCCAAUCCCCAGCAGCAGCAGCAGCAACAGCAGAUGCUGAUGCAGCAGCAGAUGGCAGCCCAACAACAGGCCCUGCAGGCCCAGCCCUCCGAGGCCUCGGCUCAGCCUGAACCCCCCAAGGCUGCCCAGACCCCCGCCUCCAAGAAGAAGUCCACCAAGAAGGAGAAGAAGUAGGAUGGAUGGAAGGACGAACGAUGAAUGGAUAGAUAUGGAGUAUACGAUGAGAAGAGAACAACCCAAUGAGAAAUGAAAUUUAACCACAGGAGGCUGCUGAGGGGAGGAAUGCUCGUAAUGGCCGGAACAGAGCGAAUGGAAUGGCAUCAAAGACAUGGAAACCAUGUGUUUGAUACCAUUCCUCUCCAGCCAUUACCACAAGCCUGUCCUCCCCAAUUAAAGUGCCACCAACCUCCUGUGAAUUCAACCCUCGCUCACCCCCACUUUUCCACACAAUGCUUUUACUCUAACCAUGGUUGGAAUUGUAUUGGUCACGCUCAUAUGAUAACACAAAAUAUGGAGAUGGUUUGGGAAUGUUUGUUUUUGGGCUCUUGAAUCUGGAAAGGGUUGAAGGUUUCGAAACCGCAUUGACAUUUUGUUUUUGUUUUCUUUCUGAAGGCUAGCUAGAAACAGUUGUUUUUGUUUCCUUUCUGAAGGCUAGCUAGAAACAGUUGUUUUUGUUUCCUUUCUGAAGGCUAGCUAGAAACAGUUGUUUUUGUUUCCUUUCUGAAGGCUAGCUAGAAACAGUUGUUUUUGUUUUCUUUCUGAAGGCUAGCUAGAAACAGUUGUUUUUGUUUCCUUUCUGAAGGCUAGCUAGAAACAGUUGUUUUUGUUUCCUUUCUGAAGGCUAGCUAGAAACGGUUGUUUUUGUUUCCUUUUUGAAGGCUAGAUGGAAACGGUUGUUUUUGUUUCCUUUCUGAAGGCUAGAUGGAAACGGUUGUUUUUGUUUCCUUUCUGAAGGCUAGAUGGAAACGGUUGUUUUUGUUUCCUUUCUGAAGGCUAGAUGGAAACGGUUGUUUUUGUUUUCUUUCUGAAGGCUAGCUAGAAACGGUUGUUUUCUUUCUGAAGGCUAGCUAGAAACGGUUGCGUUUGUUUCCUUUCUGAAGGCUAGCUAGAAACGGUUGUUUUUGUUUUCUUUCUGAAGGCUAGCUAGAAACGGUUGUUUUCUUUCUGAAGGCUAGCUAGAAACGGUUGCGUUUGUUUCCUUUCUGAAGGCUAGCUAGAAACGGUUGUUUUUGUUUUCUUUCUGAAGGCUAGCUAGAAACGGUUGCGUUUGUUUCCUUUCUGAAGGCUAGCUAGAAACGGUUGUUUUCUUUCUGAAGGCUAGCUAGAAACAGUUGUUUUCUUUCUGAAGGCUAGCUAGAAACAGUUGUUUUUGGAAAGCCUGGGUUCUGUUCUCCUCAACAGCAAAGUAUUAAUGGUAUUUCCUGGUAAGGAAGACUGGAGUUGGGGGGGUCAAUGAAUUUGGAUUCACUUCAGACAACAGAUUGAGUGUAAGAAACCUAGCUGGGGUAACAAGGUUCACCCAGUGACGUAUUCACAGGUUGAUAUUUUAACCAUGUUCCCUAAGAUGUUUCAUGUUGGAUUUGUAAUUGUUUAUUUUCCUGAGUUGGAAAGGAGAUCAGUGUUGACUAUAGUAGAUGACUAUAGUAUAGAUUCCUAUAUAGCAGUUCUAAAACCAAUCUGUGCGGCACUCAGUUGAAUGUGAAAAUCCCGACGUGAGCGUCGAGCCUCCACCGCUAUAUAGGAUCAGCCUCAUAGGAUCCUACACCACAGCUCUUUGGAACACAAGGGUAUCGUGUCCACUGGGAGUAUUCUACUCCUCUGCAUGUUCCUAUAGCUUCAAACCACAGACCUUCUAGAAGAUUCAACAAUGCAUUGCUUAAGUGUUGCAAAGAGGACGACCACCUUAACUCCUCUCCCUUUUUUAGAACACCAUAGAUGGGCAUAGAGACCACCUGCUGUCCCCUUAUGCCCCCUCCCCUCACUGGCUAUCCCACUUCAACCAUGGGAGAUGCACUGUUCAUACUGUAAAGAUGAACUGUAGGGUAAAAAGCCCUUCAGAGGAGGGCACAAGUAGAGAUCUUCAACAAAUUGCUGAGAAGUUACACUUCUUAGGUCACUAGGCUCCAGAUUGAGUGUUCACCCCUUGCUAUGUAUCCUGAAGUGCAGAUAGUUAUAUUUCUUGAUGUGAUAAGACAUGUUUUUUGACGACUCAGCAGCAUAAGAGUUGUUUAGAAGAUACGUAGGAAGUCUUUAGUUUGUCGUCCGUCUGUCAGGCUCCCACCACAUGAAGAGGCAGCAUGGAGGCAGGGUUCAAGGGGGAGUGGAAAGGGAUGGGGUACGACGUCUGGGUUGGUACCAUUAGAUUGACUGGGAGGGGGACAACGACCUUGGCUCUACUCACUGAAUGUACAUAGGCAAGGUCCACCCCUAAACUUCCUCGAAUGCACUGACCCCGGUUAGAGGUUGACAGAGCCAAGCACAUCUCUCCAUGUCACAGAGGAGAUACCACUUCAGAAGAAGGGAGCGGGGACAGAGUUCGCUAGUUCCAUUCCUCGCUGUAUCUAUCCCCUCAGUGUAAAUCCACUCUGGUAAAGCUAACCUCAAGACUCUGCCCUCCACUCCCUGGUCCAGUGAAGGCUCUUCCCCACUGUAAAUAAACACUGGUCCUGUCGAUGGCAUGAGCCAGUUGUUUGUAUAGUACGGACCACGUCCAGCAUCUCUCCACAAGGCGUGGCUUUACUACUGGAAUGUGUUGCAUUUGUUUUUCAAGAAAAAUAUGAAAACCGCUGUGAGAAAAGAAGAUCUCUGAAAUGUUCUUCUACAGUUUGUGUUGCAAUGUAGUAACUACACACCACGAAGGCCAACUAACUAACUCUUCAGUGUAAAUAAAUAAAGUUGCUAACUUUAGACGAUGAGUAAACAGUGACACACAUAGACUAGUUAACUUGUGAUAUGUGUUGCGCAUAUUUUUGUGUUCAUUUUUCACUCUCUCCAUUUUACCGCCCUGUAAAGAAACCAAACAAAAAAAAAAGUAUAUUGAAAAAAUGUUUCUAUCCUUCUGUAACCUCUUUACGUUUUCUUUCGGUGAUUCAUAUCGCGCAUUUGUGCAGGAAUGCCUCUCUCUCUCUCUGUCCAUAUGAACAAAUGAUUAUAAAUAUUAUAUAUGUGUGUAUGUCCGUCUGCUGCUGAAUUAAUCCUCUCCCGUGCUGUGGCCUGAUAUCUUUCUUAUGAAACUCUUAACCCCCCCCCCCCCUAAUCUCUUAUUUGUUAUGCUAAUAUUUAUAUUGCUGUUUUAUUUUCCCUUGAACACUGACGUUUCAAAUUAAAGGUUCAGAAAUCAUUAAA